AUGGCGUGCUACAGCCCGUGCCUGCCAGCCACCUGCGGCCCAACCCCACUUGCCAACAGCUGCAACGAGCCGUGCGUCCUCCAGUGCCCUGAAUCCAUCGUUGUGAUCCAGCCCCCGCCAGUGCUGGUGACCCUGCCAGGCCCGAUCCUCAGCUCUUCCCUGGAGGGCAUAGCCGUGGGCUGCACCGCGUCAGCUGCCGUGGGGAGCUCUCUCAGCGCUGGCGGCGUCCCCAUUGCUUCUGGGGGCUCCCUGGGGCUGGGCGGCUUUGGGCGGUCAGGCCUGGGCUGUGGGCUCUAUGGGCACUUUGCACGGGGCAAUCUCUUCUCCUAA